AUGGACAGUAUAGUCGAGAUUUUAGAAAUAGAAAGUGAUAAAGAAAACUUGAUAGAAACAUCUAUGAUUAUAACUUCAACAAACAAUGAAAUUCAAACAUACGAUUCAUCUCAACUUACUCCUAAUCAAAGGCAUGCACUUCUUUUUAAUAUUGGCCAAUCAUUUGAGAUAACUACUUUUACAUGCCGUUUUACCAAAUACAACCCAUCGAGUACACGUAAGGAGGAGGUGCCAAAGCAGAAGGUGCUUAUUGAACGAUUUCAAAAUAGUUCUGACCAUUCUCAUACAAUAAAGGGAAGCGAGAUGUUGAAACGUUCAGAACAUGUUCGAAUGUUAGUGGAAAAGGCAGCGAUUAAAAAUUAUCCACCGCCAGUAAUUGUUAGUGCAAUCAAAGAGUAUGCAACCAUAGAACUAGGUCUUAGUGAUAGUGUUAAAGAAUUAAGAUGA